ACAACGGAAACAAAAUGAGUCAAGCCCUUGCAGUAUUUAGUCUGUUUUUAUUAACAUUGGCAAACUGCCAAGUGAUUCGCUAUGAGUCCGAAGUGCAGACAGACACCACAGCCGACGGACCCGUCUCCAUGGUGGUGGACAACCUGGCCGAGAUUGCCGUGAAUGUGAGCAUCGACACCACCGUUCAGCUGGAGGCUAAAAUGAAUCGCACUCGCGAGGACAUCGCAGGAAACAUCGAGGUCCUGACCGCCAAUGCGUUGGCCCAGUUGAGCGACGUGAUCUUCGAGACCAACCAGGUGAUGGUGGACAAUCCCGAUUGCAAUGCCGCCUGGAACCUGGAGAAGCUCAACGAAAAUGUGACCUUGCAAUUGGUCGGCUGCACUGGCAACUUGGGAAGUCUCCUGCAGAACUUCAGGAUCGAGGGCCAGUUGGCCUUGGCCAAAGUCCAGGAAUUCGUCCACCAGAUCGCCCAGUUGCCGGAAAAGUGCCAGACGGCGGGGAUCUCCGCACUAAAUCCUCUGGGCUCAGCGGGCGGAAGUGUGUGCUUCAUCAACGGCAUGGCCGGGAUCAACCUCGGAAUGGCCCAAUCCCUGCACCAAGCGUCCCAGCUCCUGGUGAGAACCCACCGGAGCUCCGAGGAGCAGGUGGAGCUGGCCGAGCAGUGCGGUGCCACGGUGGUCCAGCAGAUCGGGGACUAUCUGCGCGAGGAGCGGGACCAGUGCCAACAGUGAGCCCUUCCUGUGCGCAACAGUCCUGGGCCGAGGCAAAUUUAUGCACCCACAAGAUGACAGGGGCCGAGGACUCGCCACAUCCUGUUCACUUAUUGCUUAUGCAUGACAUUUAUUUGACAAGUUUUUGAUUGAUUUUACAGCUGCUGCAGCCGAUCUGGUGCAGCUAUCUGCAUAUUUGCAGCUACAGUGGAACAUCUCUUGAAGGAACUCUUCCUAAGGCUGCGAGUUACACGAAAAUGUUCAUUUUUAUUUUGCAUGCAAUUAAGGACUUAUAUCUAUUAAAUCCAAAUAAUUCGAUUACAGUCGUUCGAAUCACUUAAAAAAAAUAGUAUUUUAAAAAAUUAAAGUUUGGAUCACUUGUA